GAAUAAUAAUGAUGGGAUUAAAGCAAUUACUCCUUGGGGGAAAAAAUAAAAAGAUUAAAGAAAUUACUUUGUUUGUGUAUCCAUUGAACCCUGAUAGCUGGAAACAAAACGGUUAUAGAAUCCGACUCUUUACUUCUCUCAAGUUACCAGCAAGACAAAGUCAAAGAUAUAUUUUUAUUUUUUUUUAAUUUCUUUUUUGUUUGUUAUUAUCAUUUAGGUUGCAGUCUGCAAUAUCAGGCAGUUGCAAAGUUGCAACUCAUCACAUCUGUUGAUUCUUGACGACUCGCACAAAUCCAGACCGUCCAUUGGAACAGCGAAAGGUUUUCUUAUGGUUACACGUGCAUUUCAUCUUUUGUUGCCUUUUUCGUUCUCUGCUUUCAUGCAUGGAAUGGAAUUCUUCUCCCAACUAUAUAACAAAAUUUAGUGGAGAGAGAGGGAGAGAGAGAAAACGGAGAAUGGACUGAGAAGAGAAGAGACAGGAAGAGCCAUGGUGCAGUUCUGAUUCCUACUCUUCAUCACAAAUCUUGCUCUUGAUCAAGAUUUUCACACCUCCAAGACAAUAUACAGAAAUUUCUCGAUGAUCGUUUUCACACUAACCAAAUCUGGAAACUUUUCUUUCAAAGAUCAAAAGAAUGCAGCAUUCUAUAUGUUGAAGUAAUCUUCUUGUGUUCUUAACUAAUCGUGUGAAUUAAUAUCCAAUGGAGAAUUCUAAAGAAAACAAGUUCGUUUGCAACUUUUGCCAUAAGAGCUUCACGUGUGGGAAGUCUUUGGGAGGUCAUAUCAGAAUUCACAAGAAUGAGAAAUCACCCCGAGUUGCAGAGAAGCAAAGGGAAAGAAGCAGUAUCUUGAAGUUUCAAGUUCCAACAGAGAGGAGAAGAAGCAAGAGAGAUUUAGAAUCGGACGUUGCUAAUGGGAAUUCAGGCUAUGGUUUGAGAGAGAAUCCCAAAAUAACACAGAGGUUUGCUGAUUCGGGAUACACUUCAAGGCAGGAGAAGUUUUGUAGAGAAUGUGGACAAGGGUUUCAAUCCUCAGAAGCUUUGAGUUGGCACUUGGCUUGUCACUCUGGAAACGAAAGGGAAAGCAAAAGGUUUGAAUACAAUCAUGGGAUCACUCAUCAGAAUCGGGAGCUUAUAGAGAAUCGAUCGGACAAUCCUGAGAAAGAUCGAGAGGCGGCUAUGUGUUUGGUGAUGAUGUCUAAAGCUCCAAGAUUUUCAGGAUUGGAAGGUCUGAAUUCAGCUGCGGAAUCCUCUGAUAGUAAAUCAUCUUCUCGUCAUUUUAGGGAAAGUGGCACAUCCGGCUCUAACUCUAAUGGGGGACUUGAAAUGAAGGAAGUCACAGGUAGGAUCAACAAGUUGGAAGUUUCUGAAUUCGACGGUGAGAAUUCCGACUCUGAAAAUUUCAGGAAAGAAGUCUGCAAGAAGGUUAAAUUGAAAGUGUCUGUUCAUCGGGCUCUAAUGGAUGAAGAAUAUAAGAAACCAGAUUUCAAAUUUGGAGUCAGGGUGGGAAGAGCAAGUGCAGAUAUUCUAAAGAACUCGAUGAAAUCUAAGAAAAAUGAUGAUCAAGAGCAUGUAUCUUCUUACAAUUACGAACUAAGAAAGAGGUUGAAAAAUGAAUCAUACAGUCCUGAUCUCUGGGAGGGAUCCAGCAAGAAGAUCCCUAGCGAGAUUUUCCGUUCUCAUGAUAGAGAAACCUAUACAAGAAUGAGCAAUGGCUGCGAGUGGACGCAUCAGUCAGGUGAAAACAGCGAAAAUACCACUAACAAUUCCAUCUCCAUACGGCCCAUACCAGCUAGGGAGUUAAUUGAGUCAAGCAAUGGCAAAAACAAGGGUCACCAGAACACUUCUGGAAAUGAAGAGAAGAAAUUUGGGCCCAAAAAAAAACACAAGUGCCCAAUUUGCUUCAAAGCCUUCAAAUCAGGCCAGGCAUUGGGGGGUCAUAAGAGGUCCCACGUGGUUGGAAGUUUAGAGGAUGCAUCUACAGUGACAAGGCAAGAGUCCAAUGGGACAACUGGUCUAAUUGAUCUUAAUGUUCCUGCUCCUAUGGAAGAAGAGGAAAGUGGGGGAUGGGAUUGAUUGCAUUAGUAGAUUGGAGGCAACUAGAAAAAAAAGGCUAAGUUGCUUAGCUGAUGAGUCUGACCAAGGAUCUAGGGGCAUAUAUCAACCAAUCCAAUAAUUACAGGCAAGUCUGUGAUAAUUGCUUCUAUCUUGUCCUGAUAAUGUGAGGUAUCAAACUUGCAAAUGGAGUCUGUAGGGCAAGUUUUUGGCAUUUGUUUUUUGUCUUUCUCAUUCUUUUAGGUUCCUAAACUUUUUACAGAUUUUUUAUUUUUUUGGACACAGACAUGAAUCCUCUUUUUCAAAUGUAUUUUCAUGUCCAAAUAUUUGGGCUUUAAUUAGCUUGAAGAUGGAGGAGAGGUUACAUAAUUCUUAAAUGUGAUGUCAAUUUUUUAUAUCCUUCUAAUGUCCAAUGCAGAGAACUCCUGACUAAUUUCUCUAUU